UAGUACCCGGGUCAUCUUUUUGGUACACGCGAUUUGCCGUUUGGGAGACAACUGACAACUUCAAUUUUUAAACUUUCUAUUGGGUGUCGGGAAACUUAAACGCAUACACACAAUUGUUAAGCAAAGUACCUAGUUAACGCCGUUGCAGCUUUUUGCACGUUUUAUUUCUGUAUUAACGUUUUUGAAGGACUCGAAUGUACAUUUCCUCUCCGUCCGUUCGUCCUUCAGUCCACUUGAAGCGUUUCACGGCAAACUCAAACCGGCUCGCGAGAAGAGGGCUCACUGCUAGUUAUUCCUUCGUCCAACAUGACGGUUCAGGUGUCCGAGUCAGAUCAGAUCAAACAGUUCAAAGAGUUCCUCGGGACAUACAACAAGCUGACUGAGAACUGCUUCAUGGACUGCGUUAAAGACUUCACCAGCCGGGAAGUCCGCCCCGAGGAGUCGAGCUGCUCCGAGUCAUGUCUCCAGAAGUACUUGAAGAUGACGCAGCGGAUCUCUAUGCGCUUCCAGGAGUACCACAUCCAGCAAAACGAGGCACUGGCAGCCAAAGCCGGUCUGUUGGCACAGCCCAGAUGAGACAGACACCAUACCCUCAAAAAGCCUUCCAUGUAUUUUAUGUCAUGUGUAGAAAAAGAAUAAAUCUGUGCUGUCA